AAAUGCUUGAUCGUAUCAAAAUUUUGUCGAGCAAACUAAUCAUUAGCCAACAUUUUCUCCGGCGAAGUUUUCGUACGAAGUCGACUCGCCGUUUCAACAAUGUCAAAGAUGAAGAUGAAGAAUAUAACAAAGUCCGAAGAAAAACUGAAAAUGAAGAAGCACAAAUUUAUUUGCUUAAGAGUAGAGGUCAACAUCUUCUCAUGAAUCCUCGAGUCCUUAAUUCCAUUGUCCAAAAAUCCAACAUACUUCCAACUGAUACCGUUCUAGAAAUUGGACCAGGCACCGGGAAUCUCACCCUGAAGCUUCUAGAAGUCGCCCAAAAAGUCAUAGCCAUUGAAAUUGACAAACGUAUGGUAGAGAUUCUUCACAAGCGCGUCUCUGAACGAGGACUUCAAGACCGUUUAACUGUUAUAUGCCAAGAUGCUUUAAAGACUGAGUUUCCACAGUUUGAUCUUAUGGUUGCCAACAUCCCUUAUGGAAUUUCCUCGCCUCUGGUUGCUAAAUUAGUUUACGGAAAGAACUCAUACAGGAGUGGGACACUAUUGUUGCAGAAAGAAUUUGCUAGGAGGCUAUUGGCAAAUCCAGGGGAUUCAGAGUUUAAUAGAUUAGCUGUGAACGUGAAGCUGGUGGCUGACGUAGAGUUUGUCAUGAAUGUGAGCAAGAAGGACUUUUUGCCAUGUCCAAAGGUUGAUUCUUCUGUUGUGAUGAUAUAUCCUAAAACUGAAAUUCCAGAGGUUGACUAUGAAGAAUGGUGUGCGUUUACGAGAACUUGCUUCACCAAGAAAAAUAAAACAUUGGGUGCAAUCUUUAAGCAGAAAAGAAUGUUGAUGGAGUUAAUGAAGCUGCAAGAAACCAAAGGAGAUGAAGAGAAUAAUACAUUGUACAGUGAUUAUCAUGUUAAUGAUACCGAAGAUGAAGACGGGCUGAGCAAUGAAGACAAUGUUAAUUUCUCUCCCGUUAUGAGGAAGGACCUAAAUUUGUUUAGAGAGAUAAUCAAUGACAUUUUAAGAUCCGGUGGAUUUGAAGAUAAGAGGCCUUCAAAGCUCUCCCACAAGGAGCUACUGGACUUGCUUUCUUUAUUCAAUCGAGCUAGGAUACGUUUUCAUGGUCAAGUAAAUCUCAAGGAUGAAAGUGAUGCCGAACUUGCUUCUGCAUUUGGUCCAUUAUAGAGCCUUAAUGCACCUAUGCUUGUGUAAAUA